CAGAUCCAGGAGGACUCCUUCGCGUUCCUAACACGAUUCGACACCGUGCUUGUUAUUGACGACUCAUCAUCCAUCACAUCGAAGGAGUUGACAGGGAUAAGUGUCCUUGAAGUUAUCGUGCUUAUUUGCCCAGAGCACGACGACAACGGCCUCGAUAUCUACUUCAUGAACUACGAAUCGCCGGACGAGGACGCUGAUGGCAAUCCUGGGAUACCCCCCGAAGGCAGACCAAGUAGAGGGUACUACAAUAUCCCUACUGCCUCGGAAGUACUGAGAAUCUUCAACAAGGCCUCGCCACCCUGCGGUGACACGCAAACGGGGAAGUGUCUGCACCAAAUUCUCAAGCCAUAUCUGGAUUACUACGAGACAAAGGCCAAAGAAUCAGACGAUGAAGCGAAAAUGGUCAAACUAUUAAACAUCAUUGUAUGGACAGACGGGGGAGCAAAUGACGGGCGUAAUGGACAUUACUAUCUCGGCAAAGUAAUACGAUCCGCAGCUACAAGACUUGACGAUAUGUCGGCUCCAUUUCGUCAGAUUGGCAUCCAGUUCUUUCAGGUGGGUAACGUGAGACAGCCCGCUGGUGGCUUAAUAGGUUGGACGAUGAGUUGAGCCAAGACCCAGAGAAGGUGAGGGAUAUGGUUGACACGAUCACUGCAGACGAGCCGGCCAAGAAUCAUAAAUACAGCCGUAAACUGAGCACUGAUAGAGUGACCAAGACGGUGCUUGGCUCGGUUACGAGAAGGUGGGACUAUAAGGUCCUCUCAAAAGGAAACUACAGCUAAUAAAAGCCUAGUUGGCCCUGCAAUUUGUUAGGGAUUCUGAAAGCGCCCAUCCGACUUUCGUAGUAGUUAAUGCUAGAUUUCUCGUUUCCCCUUGCGGGUAUAAGCUACCACUCAGGGUCUCAAAUAAACAAAUCCGGUUUUGUUUGUACGGCGCGUCAUCGUAGAACUGAGAGGCC